AUGUCCAGUGGUCGUACUGCGACUUCCGAGUCGAUAAGCGGUGUUGUUAACUCGCUGAUUGAGCGUCUGGGGUCGCAGAAAAGUGUUUACGAUUCACCGCAGCCAAAGUCGACUCAUUCCUCAGCGUCUUCGUGGAGUGAAGAACCGGCUCCUAACAACAUGGACAUCUCUACUGGUCAUAUGAUUUUGUCGUACUUGGAAGAUCAUCUGAUGAACAAAACCCGCCUUGAGGAAGAAUGGAAGGCUCUGCAGAAGUAUCAAGAUCAUUGGACGUUUAAUUCCGCCACUCUGGUCGAAAACCAGCCAAAGAAUCGAUCAGACAUUUUGCCUUACGAUCACAGCAGAGUGGUUCUGUCCAGCGUGCUGAAUCCGUCAAAAUCAGACUACAUCAACGCCAACUCUAUAUACGAUCACGAUCCUCGCAACCCCACGUAUAUCGCCACUCAGGGUCCCAUGAAAGGUACGGUCAACGACUUUUGGCAAAUGGUCUGGGAACAGGGCAGCGUAGUUUUGGCCAAUCUCACACGGCUGCAAGAAAACAAUGAAGAAAAAUGCUAUCGAUACUGGCCGGAAAAUGGAUCCGAGACUUAUAACAUCUUUCAGAAUCUGAACACCUCUGAGACUCGAACCGUAACGCAGUUUCAUUUCUUGACUUGGUCCGAUGGCGGAGUCCCCCUCUCUGCCAAAUCGGUGCUGGAGUUUCGACGAAAGAUAAACAAGUCUUAUCGCGGUCAGGCGUGUCCAAUCGUCAUUCACUGCAGUGAUGGUGCUGGCCGAACUGGAACCUACGUUCUCCUGGAUAUGGUUCUCAACAGAAUAAACAAAGGUCAGUUCUUUCUAGGAGUGAAGGAGGUGAACAUCGCCGCGACCCUCGAGCACCUGCGCGAUCAACGCAAAGGUCUUGUUCAGACGAUUGAGCAGUUUCAGUUCGUUCUGACGUGCAUCGCGCUCGAGGUACAGGAAAUCCUGAAGACCAUGCCUGAACAAUAG